UCGGGUCGGAGGAAGACAAAAUGGCGGCGCCCAGCAGCGCGGGGCUUCCCUGCUCGGAGCCCGGCGCCGCUCCCUACGGUAACUUCCCCAACUACUCCCGCUUCCACCCACCCGAAGGCCGCGUCAGCCUCCUGCCCGGCGGCCUCUUGCGGCGGCUCUUCCCCGCGGCGUCUCGCCCGCUGCUGGGCAUCGACGUGGGCUGCAAUUCGGGGGAGCUAAGUGUGGCUCUGUACAGGCAUCUGCUUGGCCUUCAGGACAAAAGCAGCCCGGACCAGCCUGCAGUUGGAAAGGAUCUGCACCUUCUGUGCUGUGACAUUGAUGCAGCGUUGAUUGAGAGGGCUCAGCGGAGCAGCCCCUUCCCUGCCUCCAUAUCCUUUGCCAACCUGGACAUCAUGGACUCCGCUUCCAGGGAGCCGUUCCUCAGCUCCUACCUGGGCCGUUUUGGCCGUUCCACCUUUGACAUUGGCUUUUGCAUGUCUGUGACCAUGUGGAUCCACCUGAAUCACGGGGAUAGCGGCCUGAGGGAGUUCCUGGCCUUCCUCUCCUCUCUGUGCAAGUACCUGCUGAUUGAGCCGCAGCCGUGGAAGUGCUACAGGGCCGCUGCCCGCCGCCUGCGGAAGCUGGGCAGGAACGAUUUUGAUCACUUCCGAUCUCUUGCUAUCAACGGGGACAUGGCGGAGAGGAUAACACAGAUCUUAACGAAGGAGUGUGCGAUGGAGCUGGUGUGUUGCUUUGGGAGCACCAGCUGGGACAGAAGCCUCUUGCUUUUUAAAUCAAACGGCUCAAAUCAAGAGGGCAGGGAGCCCUCGGAGUCGUAAGUGACUGACAAAUGGCCUCUCGUGUUCCUGAAUUCCCAGGCCAGGAGGUGUGCACUGGUUAGAGACAGGGGCAGGAAUUCCUAUAUCCUGGUCGGGGUCAGACCUUGACCUCCCCAGGGAGUUUGAGGCAAGUGUGUGGUUCUUUUCCAUCUGUAAUGAUGCAGUGACCUUGUGGGUUCCGAGAUUGCUGUUCCUAGAAAGUGCUCUUGAAAUCAGAGUUGCUCCAUACGUGCUUUCUGUGUAUGCCGAGAAUAUGCCCUGGAUGAAGGGAGAUACGUUUUUUGUUGUUUUUUUUGUCCAUGUAACUUUCUGAGGAAAGGGAAGGCAAAAACAAUUCUAUUGACCUGUGUGAGGUGCUGUUUGUCCUGCUUUUUGUCUUAUUUUCUCUAUAAAACAAUUUGGGAAAGCGUGUAACCUGGUUUACCAGCCGUGAGCAAGUUGGAUCACUUCAGAGCGUGUCUGGCUGACAUUUUGGUCAGGCUGCAGCCCAUGCACCUCUGCCUGGAGUCUGCUUUGGCGGCUGUCAGUGGCGUGAUCUCUCUGGAGUGAAGGAUUUCCAUGGUAGGGCAUGUAUUCAUUCAAGUGUGUAACAAAGUAAGAGCUCUUUGUAAUUAUAUCCUUAAAAUAAAAAUUAAUUUUAUCAGU